UUUUUUUGCACGCCGGCGGUCCGCAGAGGUCUGCUGGCCCUGCGUGUGGCCACGACGGGCACAAACAGGACGAGACACAGCCCGCGCACGGGCCCGGGCUGUCGCCCCCGUCACGACACGCACGAUGGGGUGCUGCGCGGGUGUGUGGCGCCGGGGCGAAAUGUCCUCCGGAGAGCCGCUCGCGCGGCCGGGCCGGCUCGCCGUGCAGAGCGCAGCAGCAUGAUUCGGUAUCGUAUUAUUCCGCCGCUCCGUGGUCCGCGGGAACCAAACGCAGGCAGCGAGCUGGUGCUCGGACACCGUGGGAAAAGGGCGCUCUUCUAGGCGAUCAGCUCCGGGGCACGGCGGCUCUCUAAAAACAGAAGGGAAGUGCAGAUCGACAGGUACAUCAAAAUGCGCAUCCCACUGUGAUGAAAAUGAGGAUUGGGCUGCAACUCGGCAACAGCUGCACGCAGAUACAGGCUCCGCCCGUCGCCGCAGGCGGCCACGUUGGGCUGCUACUCGAAGAGGAGCAGGAGGAGGAGGAGGAGGAGGAGGAGGAGGAGUGGCCAGGCUCGAGGAGCGGGGAUGAGAGCGACGGUGGAGGGCUGCUCCUGUCUAGCGUGCUGGGCUGGCGCAGGGGAGCCAGAGGUCCAUGGACGUCCCACGGAGGACUUCCGAAGGUCUCCAGCGGCCCCCAAAAAGGAUUACGAUAUGUCCACAGACAUCAGACAUUGGCCUACGGCACUGCAGAAAGCUCCAACACACCAUUGGCAUGGCUGGCCAGGGCCCGGCCAGGCAUGGUUACCCCACAUUUACUAAUUGAGAGAAGGGGGUCGCAACCCUGACAAAAUGCUUACGGAGGAUGUGGGAAAUAGCACUGGCUUUCUUACCUUGCGUCAGCAAUGUUCAUGUGAGGUCUCAGGCUCAAGUCUGCCCGUUGCCAAUCACAUUACUGCACCGACAACUCCAAUACUAUGGCAAACAAGCCAGAGCGCCUCCAGACCGGCCGACACCCAGAAACAGUGGAAGACCGCAACUUCAAUGGACCAUAUAAUUACACUCUCGUGCGAUGAAUGUUGCAGGAGACGACCCCGCCAGACUCGAAGAUUGAUUGACAGGCCCCGCCAAAAAUUGGAACACAGCAGUCAAAGAGUACUGCGACAUUGUGAGAGCUACGCGUUGGCUCGUUGGCCUCCCCGCCUGCUGUUUCAAUUGAAC